AUGGUUCAAAGACAGGAUUUGGUGUUGUUCAGUGACCAUACGGUGGUCUCUGAUAAGCUGUUUGAUUCUCAGGAGAAUGUGGUUAUAAAUGUAACAUCUACACAGGCCACACAGGCCACAUGGUUGAACACGGUGCUUAUGGAAUCAUAUCUGCUAGGGUCACCAGUCUCCUUGAACAGUGAGCAGAAAAGCAGUGUUGCACAGGUGCGUAACGGUAAAUGGAUCACAGUUGCAUCACUUGUCCAUAACACUGGUUUCUUUCAGGCUAAUUUCAACAGAUUACAAGUGGACUCGUCUCACUACAAGAUAGUGGAUCUGUUAACAGAUUUCGUCCAAUUGAUCAGCGGUAAGCCAACAGAGAAGAUACUGUUGACGUUACUAGAUAUGUUUCCUGAGAACCGUAACGGUAUGAUCAUAAUUGAACAGCCAGAGAUAUUGCUUUCUUUGAUACCGAACCUCACGGCAGAUAUUCUUGGCAGCAAGUUCAUAAAUGCCCUACGAAAGAAAUGCGGCCUUUUGGUGAUAAACAGUGUUAUUGAUCCAGUCCAGGAAGAUAUAGAAACCUCUACAGCGGUAGAGUUUAAGAGAUUUUUGCAGGCUAAUAUCUACAAAUCGCAGGCUCUGAUAGCAUUAAAUCCUCUGCCUACAGGCAGAGCCAAAGACGUUACUGGUACUCUAAGGAUAUCAAGAGGACCAAGCAGCAUACAAGGUAUCAUCCCAGACUUACAAAUCGCUGAAAAUGAGUACCUCUACCUAACCGAUAAGGAUAAUACAGAACUGUUCUAUAGUUAA